AUGGACUGGUCGCUGCUUGACCUGGCCAAAGACGCCGAGGACGUGGCGUCUGGCCUGCAGGCCUUCAUCGACGCUCUCCCCGGCUGCGAGCGCGACUUCUUAGCCCACAUCAGCGCCCUCUUCGCCAUCAGCGCGGAGCUGAGGCGGCUGGACGAGCUCGUCACCCAUCGAUCCUUCCGCCGCGCCGCCACUCAGGUGACGCCUGAGCUGGAUCUCCUGUGCCCAAGCCUGGAAUUGACGCUGGAGACGGUGAAGUCUGAUCUCUUCGGCGUGAAAGCUACAGCAAACCCCCGCCGGGCCUACGAGCGUCUGUGCGGCCGGUUCGACCGUGAAGGCCGAUCAUUCGGUGGCCGCCUCGUAGCAUACCACGAUCUGACCAUGGGUAUUUCUGAUGUACUGCAAGGCGAUAAGGAAAUUGAUGAUUUGGGUGUCGUGGCGUCGGUCGUCAAGCGUCUGAAAGCCCGCCAGGCUUUCCUCGAUACCGAACGCCAUGAAUCUCCACCAGCACCUCUCAGGCCGUCACCAGUGAGACCUCCAUUGCGGACCAACCCACAGUACAUCGCCCAGUCACCAGCCGUUAGCCCAGACGAUUGGGAUAGUGAUGGCGUCUAUCCAGCAGUGCCUCAAGUGCCCUUGUCGCCCACUUACUCCAAUUCAUCGUUUGACACAUUCGCGUCUUUCCCGACGUCGCCGAGUCUGGAGUCCACCAGCUCGUAUAGCCCUAUUCAUUGGGCUCAGAAGAUAUUCGACGGAAUGCAUCCCGUGACGCAAUUCCUUGGGCACCUAGGCCAACCAACAAGAUGUCUCGGUAGGGAUUAUCCUGAAGCCGUGAACAGGCUUUUUGCAGAAGGGUUCCAAAAGGUUGUGGAGCAGCCGUUUGACGCAGCCGAUGCUUGGGUCAGGCUUUACUGGAGGCCGGCCGAUCACCGCGCCAGGCUUCUUUUCCUUACAAAGGACCCACUAGGCCGACGGUAUCGUCACUGCAUACCGCUCACUCUGCUGAACAUCCGACGAGUCGGCACUUGUCUGCAGCUGUCAAGAGGGAACCAGUAUGAUGGCCGCAUGGAUCUCUGGGCAAAUCUCCGGUUCACCUGUUACGAGAGGAUGGUGCUGUUCUUCUGUACCGCCGUGGCCAUAAAACGCCAAGACGGGAUCGAGAGCCCCCUUCGAGUCGAAGACUACUUCCAGACGGGCGAGGACACGGAGUUCUCGGGCGAAAUCGAGGAUGACCAUUACCUUCAUGCUUUCCGGGUGUUCAAGGAUCGGAAUACCGGUGCUGUUCGUUUCGAGGCAACCGCACGCCGCGGGCCGAUGCAGAAAACGCCGAUCUGGACGGCUUUUGUCACACAAUACAUCGGCCGCAAAGGCUGGAUGCGUCGAGUAGGACCGAGGAUCCUAUCUCUGAGCGUGUUGCAUCCGUACGUCUUCUGCGACAACUACUCACCGCCAAAGGGCAGAGAUAGCCAGUUCGAGCUGCGUUUCACGACACGAAAAGCAGUCAUGGCCGACGACCGCAUGGCUAACCUGGCCCACUCCGAGGCCCACUACUUCAACAGUUACAACCACCAUGGCAUCCACGAGGAGAUGCUGAAAGACGAGGUUCGCACGCGGUCGUACAGGGACGCCAUCUACCAGAAUGGCCAUCUCUUCAAGGACAAGGUUGUCCUGGACGUCGGAUGCGGUACAUCCAUCCUUAGCAUGUUCGCCGUGAAGGCCGGUGCGAAGCAUGUCAUCGGCGUUGACAUGUCGACCAUCAUCGACAAGGCCAAGGAAAUCGUCGAGGCCAACGGCAUGUCGGACAAGAUCACGCUGCUGCAGGGCAAGAUGGAAGAGGUUGUUCUGCCUUUCCCCCAGGUCGACAUCAUCAUCUCCGAGUGGAUGGGUUACUUCCUCCUGUACGAGAGCAUGCUUGACACGGUCCUCUACGCCCGCGACAAGUACCUGGCUCCCGGCGGCUUGAUCUUCCCCGACAAGGCCACCAUUUUCUUGGCCGGCAUCGAAGACGGCGACUACAAGGAGGAGAAGAUUGGCUUCUGGGACAACGUGUGGGGCUUCGACUACACGCCGCUCAAGAAGACUGCCAUGACGGAGCCUCUGGUCGACACGGUCGACAUGAAGGCCGUUGUCACCGACCCUGCCGCCAUCUUCAACAUCGACCUUUACACGGUGAAGGCGGAAGACCUGGCGUUCAAGGUCCCGUACAGCCUCAAUGUGCGCCGCAGCGACUUUGUCCACGCCAUCAUCGCCUGGUUCGACAUUGAGUUCAGCGCGUGCCACAAGCCCAUUCGCUUCUCGACCGGCCCGCACACCAAGUACACGCACUGGAAGCAGACGGUCUUCUACAUUGACGACGUUCUCACCGUGGAGGCGGGCGAGAAGAUCGUUGGAACUCUGAGCAACAAGCCGAACGAGAAGAACAAGCGUGACCUGGACAUCGACAUUGAAUACAGGCUCGAGUCCGAAGACAUGCACAGGCAGGCCCAGGGCUCGGGUAGCUACAAGAUGUGCUAA